AUGCCAAGCGUUAUCGUCAUCGAUGGUGGCCAAGAGGUUACCGGAGAGGUCCAGGUUUCUGGUUCCAAGAAUGCCGGGCUACCACUCAUGGCGGCGACACUACUAGGUACCGGGCCCAGUACGCUGCAUGGUCUCCCACCUGUAUCAGACAUUAAAAACAUGGACUCUAUCUUGCAAUACCUCAGCGCCGAUGUUACGCAGGUUAGCGAUAACCUGCUUAAGAUUGACAGCACAGAUGCAACGUCUCUUUCUGUUCCUGUGCAGCUUACUCAUAGCUUAAGGGCGUCAAUAUUGUUUCUUAGCCCGCUCGUUGCUCGAUUCGGGUACGCCCAUCAAAGUUUCCCUGGUGGCUGUAGCAUUGGGACACGUCCAGUUGAAGAACACAUCAAAGGCCUCAAACAGCUUGGGGCUCGUAUCAUCAUAACAGAUACACAUAUUGAGGCGUAUGCGGCUCAGUUACAGGGAGCAACCAUCCAUAUGGAGACCCCCUCGGUGACUGGAACCAUGAAUCUUAUCAUGGCCUCUUGUUUGGCGCUCGGCGUGACACACAUCCACAACGCGGCCCGUGAACCGGAAGUGAGUGACUUGAUCGACUUCCUGGUCCGCAUGGGAGUAGAGAUUCAUGGCACGGGGACGGACCAUCUUCUUAUUCAUGGUCGUAGUACACUACCUCUAUCGCCUUGUCAGUACCAUAUUAUGGAAGAUAGGAUAGAGGUGGGCACGUUUUUGAUCCUGGGGGCGAUAUGCGGGAACCCUCUUACGGUAUAUCCCUGUCACCCUGAGCAGCAUGCAAUGUUGAUCAAGAAACUUAAAGCAGUGGGUGCUCGUGUUCAUAUAUCAAGCAACUUUGUAACCAUCCGGAAAGUCAAACGUCCCUUAGCUGUCGACAUUAUCACGGGCCCCUAUCCGGCAUUUCCAACAGACUUGCAGCCGCAAUUUAUGGUAUUGCUUUGUUUAGCCCAAGGCACAAGUCAUGUUAUUGAAUCUAUUUUUGAGAGACAAUUUGGCCAAUGCUUUGGUCUCCAGGUCAUGGGGGCUGGUAUACGCGUUUGCGAACAGACGGCAAUAAUCAGUGGCGUGGAGAAACUGUGUGCGGCACUCGUGUCUGGUUCAGAUCUGAGAGCCACUGCUAGUCUUAUUCUUGCAGCAGUGGCUGGGAGGGGACGGUCUGUGGUUGGCGGUAUAGAAUAUCUUGACCGGGGCUAUUACAACCUAGAAAGAAAACUCGCAAAGAUCGGUGUCAUUGUUGAAAGCUUAGAUAUAUGA